AUGGAUUCUUUUCAAAAUGAUAGUGGUGAUUAUGAUAGCAUUGAUUACGGGGAUAUUGAGUUUUGGGACAAUCUUGAAAAGGUCAUACAUCCAGUGUUAGAUUUCCAACCUUAUUUGAAGUUUUUCUUUGCCGUUAUCGGAGUAUUUGUCAAUAUUUUCCAUUUGAUAGUUCUAACCAGAAAAUCUCUGAUAGUACUUACUAUCAAUCUAUUCAUUAUUGGAAUUGCAAUUUGUGAUUUUCUUCGAUUAUUAUCCGAUGUUCUUGUUGAAUUACCACCUGCGUAUUACGAGAAAUAUCAAAUGCUAUAUUCCACCUAAUGCAUAUAUCCCUUUUGUUGUUAUGACAUAUUCUGUAACAAUAUCCACGAUUGCUACAAAACUUGCUGUUUGGUUUGGUGUCGCAAUGGCAGUUUUAAGAGUCUUUGUAAUAAAAUAUAU